UGAGUAGCCGCUUGCUGGGAUUCUCAAGAACAAAGCCGUUAACACCUCAUUAUCAACAGAUCAAAGAGACUCUGGAGCAGAUAAAUCGUGGAUUGAUCGAAUAGGAUCAAACAGCAUUUUCUUCGUCACAUGCAAGGAGAUUAAACUUCGGCGUGUUACAGAUACUUUUUCUCUGAAUUGCGGAAGAGUUUCGAGGGUUUUUUUUUUACGUUGUGGAUCGAGAUGGAUCGCAGAGUCAAGUUUCCUCAUGAGCUAGUGUUUCAUGAUAUGGUCAAAGAUGGAGACUCCUCCGAGAUGUCGCAUUUCCUAAAACGUCCGAGUGUCGAUCCCCAAGGUAUUAUCAAUUCCAGAGGAGAUCAGUCAGGCCCGGCAUUACACCAACUCGUCAAAGAUGGAAAUCUAAAAUGUGUACGUGUYCUGGUCAAUCUUGGAGCUGAUGUUAACAUGCAGGAUGAUGAWGGCUUUCGACCACUUCAYCAUUGUGCCUACACAGGGAACUUCGAUAUGGCUAAAUUUCUGAUGAAGAGAGGGGCUAACCCUGACCUGACYGAUCACCAAGGCCGUACUCCAGUGGAUUUGACUGAAGACUUUGAUAUGAUUGAACUACUCAUGAUGUAUUCGCCAGAAGAAAGACGAAAGAGCAUGUCCAAGUGAUGCAGYAUUUAGAUCGCGUUUAUUCCGGUGUCCUGCCGUUUUUUUGCGCUUAAUCACUUUAUGAUGAUUGGGACAUUGUCGCAUUUCGGGACGUCCGCACGCCCAAGCAAGAUCGAUGAGAUUUAGAACGAAGCUAAUACRGUCUAAGGACGUUUAAGGACCUAAAAGUGCGCCAUUAUUCCUUUGGUGCGAGGCUUUAGAACAAAGAAAAGAUGGAGCGACAAAAACACRAAAUGUUUACUUAAAGUACAGCUUUUGAGAAAUGACAGAUGCAAUAAGUGGCACACGUUCUACCGCCAUCUUUGCAACGGGCCGAAAAGAAAUCCCGCAGUUUAGUUAAUAUUAAUAUAUAUUGUUAUUAACUAAAAUAAUUACAAAAACAACGCAUGUGAAGGUUAUGGCAGAAAGUUUUUCUGGACAAGUAAAUGUGUUUCUAUUAUCAGUCCAUUGUACAUUUUCGUACAUUUAAUUAAGUUUGCAUGGUUUCAUGCGUGUGCUUUUUGCUUGUUCAACUUUAGAAUCAAAGUUGAAAAAAACUAGGCGUAAAUCAAAUGAAAACUCGUAUAACGGCAAAUGCAUGCAACGAGAAACGYAGURAAUUAAGCAGGUUUGAUACUAAAUMGGGUAAAACAAGGMAAUGUWRUURUAAUAUAGAAACUCGAUGCGAUUCAUUAAAUUCAAUGUAACUGCAUUUUUUAAACUA